AAAAAAACCUGGUUGAGUUUUAGUCUGAGGAACCAGCAGCAUCUGGUCUCUUUCCUCUCCAGACUUCAAGAUGUUUGCAGCAAUGCUGAAGAUAUUUACAAUUAUAGCAGCCCUCUCAGGCCACAUCAGCAGUGUUACAGUGACAGUUCCACAAUACCCAGUGAAUGUCACCGUUGGUGGAAACACCACACUUCUCUGCACUUACACGACAUCAGGAUCUCUUGAAAAUUUGUUUAUUCAGUGGACCUUUUACAAUGCCAAGGAGAAGCAACAGAGCACAAUCUAUUUUUAUCAGCAUGGACAGUCGUAUGAAUAUGGAAAGUUUCAGAACAGAAUCACAGCUGCAACAAACCCAGGAAAUGCAUCAAUAACAAUCUCUAACAUGCAGCCUUCAGAUACAGGCCUCUAUAACUGUGAAGUUCUUAACCCACAAGAUCCAAAUGGACAGAACCAAAAAUCAGUGGUCGUCAGGGUACUAGUCAAACCUUCACAGCCCUUCUGCAAUAUACAGGGAACACCUGAGUCCAAUCAUUUCAUUUCUCUUGCCUGUCAUUCACAAGAAGGGAUGCCUCUUCCUACGUACCAGUGGCAGAGACUGUCAGGAAAUACCGUCAAACCCGUGACAGAACAAUACAAUCCAGAAACUGGGCUGCUUAUUAUUGGAAAUCUCACCACCUUUGAAACAGGACACUACCUGUGCACUGCCAGUAACAUCCUGGGAAACAGCAGCUGUCAACUUGACCUGACUGAAAAACACUCGGAAGGAAGUAUCAUUGCUGGAGCAUUAAUUGGAGCAAUACUGGCAGCUGUUGUUAUCUGCAUUAUUGUCUGGAUUUUAACCAAAAAGGAGAAGAAAAAGAGAAAAGAGAAGGCAACAAUUAAUGAAAUGCAGCCAAUGACUGAGAAACAACAGACCAAUCUGGAAUAUGUUGAUGUCCCUAACGAGGAAAAUAUACCUACUGCUGCAGCUCCGCUGACCAACACAACAAAUGAGCAGUCUAAUCCUGAGGAGGCUACUGUUCCUGGAAUGCCUGAAAAUGAGGAAGUGCAAGGGGGGGAGAGGGAAGUGACAGACUAAAAUGCCAGUGCAGUUUUUCCCACCAGCUCUGGACCUCGGCAGCUAUGUUAGUAUUGAAUUAGUACCGCAAGUAGUGGGGGUUUAAACCCAGAAACCUGCUUUUGUGUUGUGAACCAGAAGGCAGGCCUCCAACGAAACAAGAAGCAUGUGUAUCACAACAUACAUGUUUAAAAUUGGUUACUGCAUUCAGUGUCUGGCAAUGGCUACAUAUAAAUAUGAAUGUAGCAUGUCUCUGUACAUGCAACCUAUUUUAGAUUAUUAGUUUAGAAAGCUGCAAUUUAUGUUACCAACAGCCAAUCAAAAACAUACAUGAGGUGUAUAAAUCCAAAGCACUUGUAAACAGAGGAGUCCUUUUUCAGAAAGGAAAGAGUCAGACAUCAACAGAUAAAUGUGAGGUAUGCCACAAGCAGAGAACUACAAAAGACCUACCAACUUAGCUAGGACCUUCUAACAUCUGAAGACUGGAUUUUUCACCUUGGAAUCAGUGGGAUUUAAAGAAUGCAGGAGCAGACCAUAAAGUCAGAUUCAGUAAAGGACUUCCGCAGAACUUGGCUGCUUUCAUCCAAAAUCAGAAUCCCAAAAGCCCACACUAAACUUCUGCCUAACCCUGGAGCAUCUAAACUUCAUGUGUUCCACAGUUCUCCAAAUGGCUGGUGCUACAUCUCUGUAUCCAUCCCAGUCCUGACCGUUUCUAGCCUUGAGCAAGUCAAGGAAAGUUCAUGAUUACAACCAAUCAGGAUCCAGAAAUUGGGAAAACAUCUAGGUCUCUGCAAGGGGCUCAAGAUGACAAGUGUACAACAAGAAAGCCUAGCAUAUACUGAUAAGAUUGGGCUCUUCAAACUGCAAUUUCCCCUACAUGUUUCAAAGGAAAGUGGAAGCUGAGAGGGGAAAUGCUGCUGCACCCCUUCUGUAUAAUUGCCUGGGAAGUAGGAGACCAAAGCUCAGCACCUUUUUCUCCUUGUAGGGAUUCAAGUUUCUCUUGAUGGGGUGAAAACAGAUCCCCUCUUGUACUUUCUCUGACCCAAUAAGCUUUGUUGUUUUUUUUCUUCCUGCACCACUGCACAGGAUGGGUAAAGAGUGAUUUCACCUAUACUAGCCUAUAGUCUGGUGGGAUCAAAUACCUCCAGGGAUGAGGGAACUGAGCACUUCCAGUACAGGUACCCUAAGCCACCAUGCUAUUAUAUAGAGGUAGGCCUUCUGUACUCGUGUUCUUUCAUACACCGGUAGAGACAUCAGCUCAGCAUCUCACAGCUGUUUGCAACAUUUAAAAAUGUUGUUGUGCCCUAGUUGAAAAUUGAAAAGGAUAGAAUUCCAACACUACUGAAAGCAAUGACACCAGGAUUUCUCACUAAGAUUUCCAGCCCUCUCCCCACCUUUGUAAUCUCUAAAAUGGGGGGCAAAUUUCAAACUAGUCUCAGUCCUUAAUUUUAAAUGAAAGCUUGCCCAAGCAAAGAUUAAGCCUGGAUCUUUUACAUUUUCUGUUAAGGAUAAAAGGCUUCCUGUAAUUACAUCUAAACCACCCUGUGAACAUGACAGACUGAAGCAUUCAACAAGCUCAGUAGUAAAAGAAAAAGUGACAAGAAAGUACUUCUAACUCAUUAUGGCUGCUUGCAAACAUUAAAAAAAAAAAAAAAGCAGCACUUUAUGUUAAACUCAACAUGCUCCCACGUGGAGCCUAGCACAAGGCCAGAAAAGACAGCACAUUAGUUGAACCUGGUUUGCCUGAUGUCUGUAUAGAUCAGGAGCUUUAGUGGGGCAUUUUGGCCCUUGUAUCUAAUAGCUGAUUGAAUCAGCUUUAGUUAAAAGCACCAAAAAGCCCUGCUGAAGUUCCUGAUCUAUACAGACUUUGCAGUGCUGGGCUGAAGUAACGUGCUGCUGCUUCCAGUAAAGUGCUUUUUUUUUUUUUUCAAAUGUCUGCAAGCAGCCUAUGCGACAUUCCUUAUCACAGGUGAAAGUGCUUGCUAAUAAAAUAUUUCAAGUGAAUUACCAGGCAGAGGGAGCCCUCUAGCUGGUUUAAAAAUCACAUAAAUUUAAUUAGCAAACAUUUCCAUUGUAACUGUGACAGAUAAAUCCUAGGCACUGUUUUACUCCACCCAUCUUGCAAAUAUACAAGGAAUUAUACCAGUGACCCUAUUUGUAACCACUUUUUUAUUCUGUAAACAGCCUCCUUUCUUACUAGCAUGAAGUCUCAAUUACUUUUCUCUUGACUUCCCCCCCACCACUUACCCUUUAGUUCUUGUACACAUUCCAUAAUCAUGCAGGUUAAUACCCCUUUCUUUCUCUAUAGCACUUCCUUAAUAUAGUCAAUCAAAGUUAAGUAAUUAAGGCCUACUGAGUUAAAGACAUUAUUAACUGUAAAGGAAAUAAUUCAGAUUGUAUGCAUGUUCCUGAGACUGCUACUGUUACAUAUUUGCUGAACGUAAACAGAAAAUAAAAAGGAAAACUACAGUAUUUAACAGUAGUUCUUAGCUAAUAUGAAGACUAACUUCUGUACACCAAAUCAUAUUGGGUGAUGGGAGUGAGAGAGUAAGGGGACGGGGAUUUUUAGUGCAUUUUACGAUAUGUAGAGGCCAAAUGCAUCUUACCUUUCUAGGCAGCAUUCCUUUCCAACAACGAUUGCUCCGUCUUAAAAUAUCGUCUUUUAUAAAGCACGAAGAAAAAAAUGCAAUUUACCUUUUAUUGAGCAUCUUAGCAAAUCAUGAGCCACAUUAAUAACCAUGGGCGCAUCUAUAUGUGUGCUUUACUGUGCAGUAAACUAAUUUGCUGCAGAGUAAAGUGCCACAGUCUAUAUGUGCACAGCAAUUAGGCCGGUACAGACUAAUUUACUGUCCCAUCAGAUAGUACUUGCAUCUGAUGGGACUAUCUGACAGUGGAGUAAAUUACUAUACUUAAAUGCACAUGUAGACGGUGAGGCCCAGAUUAGUUUAUUACAGCUCAAAUUGUGUUGUAGUUUAUCCGGUUACAUUAACUGAACAUGUAGACACAUACACAUAUGUUAAUGUACAUGUGUACAUUAACUGAACAUGUAGACACAUUACAUACAACUGAACAUGUAGACACACCUCAUUUGUCCAUCACAAACCCAUGGAUAGCUGUGUGAGUGGCAAGAUUAAUUUUUCAUAAUAUACCUUUGAGGUAACAGAGAGACUUUGUCACAAGGCCCAGUUAUUUCCUCCCAAAGAAAAAAAGAAAGUUAUGAUGUACAGUAGGUAAGAUAUUCAGUAAGAUACAAAACGUUAUCUCCUCAGGAAGAAAAGGACUAGAAAGAGAGUUGUGGCAAUAUUUCUUGCCCUUCACAGACCAAUACUGAACACCAUCUCCAACACUUCACAGCUCAGGAUUUUGACAGUGGUCUCCACUUCUCCAAUACCACAGAAGAUGCAAAAGUCCAAAACUGACUGACUUGUUGCUUGCAUCCCAUUUCCACUUCUAAGGGGCUUUGAUGACAUGGAAUAAAAGUAGCAAUACACAGGUGGGAGGAAAAUACUGUCAGUGGUUAUUCAACAGCCUCACCUAUCUGUUUUCCUGAUCUACUAUAUUCCAUCUACUGGCAAAAUCCACAGGGUUUUGAGGACUCAAUAGAUUUUGCUUCUAUCUCCAACAACUUUGGGGGCUUCCGAGUAUAAUUUCACUUCUAUGUAAAAAAUUACUUUUUCUUAUAGAUGCUAAACGGUUUCAAGAAGUCAAAGGGGGACUUCAGUUUUGAAGCCUGAAACGUGAACAUUUUUAAAAUGACUACACAUGCUCAGUUACUUUGAUUCUACAUUUCUCUUUCAUGUACUGUAACUCUUAAGAGAGUGCUAGAUAGCUCUGAAAAAAGCAGAGGUCUUAUGAAACAGACCCAAGACAAUAGAGUCCUCAAUUCUGGACAAUUUAUGGAAUUUUAUAGCAGGUAAAAAGUGAAAGUUAAAAAGUUUAGAAAUAAUUCUGCCUCUAACCAAAAGCACUGGUUCUCCCCCUCAAGCCAUUUUGUAUGUCAACAGCUUAGCAUAGAGAAACUGGAUCUUGCUACAUGCUCUUUAAGAAUUUAAAAUGCAUUUUGCUUUCUAGUGUGCACAUCACUUUAUAUGCAAGCAUUCAACUCAAAAAUUUGUUUGGUUACAAUUUAAUGCUUGCUUUCUGUUUGUAGAAAACCAUACCCCUUGUACAUAAAGAGUUGAGUUUUACUGUUAUUAGUUUUGAAUUUUUCCUGUAGCCAAAAAAAAUUUUAUUUGCACCACCUCUCCGCUAUCACUUUAGUCUAGCAAUAGUUCAGCUGAUCUGCUAUCUUUAUGCCCAUAUGACAUACAGUAGUUUAGCAAAUGAUGAGAUUCCUUUGUUAAAUGCAAGUUUAAUAAAAUAUUUGGUGUUACAACAAUAUUGUUGUUCACUACUGAUUCCUUAUUUAAAGAAAAUUCCCCAGACAAAAAAUAAAGUACAAGCCUAUAUGUGGUUGUCAUUAGUAGUUUCACCAACAUCAGUUUAGAAGAAGAAAGAUCUCAUUUCCUUAUGCCAGAUUCUGUAUUCACAUAUACAUUUGUAGACUUUAAUCCAUGCAGAGAAAGAUUCAUAGAAAGUUAAGUAUAACUCUGUGGUCACCACACUGAUGCAACUAGAGGCAAAUUGUCUGGAACUUCUGAUGCGAUUAUCACUCAAGAAGCUAAUAGUAUAGAAGCCAAAAAUACUGAAAUAAAUGGAAAUGACACUGUUUUGUCUUUCCUCUUCAUGUUUUGAAAGCCAGUGAAAGAGAGUACGCUUUUAGGAUAAAGCAUGUUAACUUAAAUCCAUGUUCAUGAACAAACAUCUUCCAGAGUCAGCCCCUACAAUUUUACCUUGCUAUACAACUAACCUAUUAAAUAAGGGUUAUCUUAGAGAGUUAAUAUAAAAAUAAAAAGUACAUACAUGAAGAAUGAAUGUAUUAACAUUUCAGAAAACAGUACGUACCAGAAGUCUCAGCAACACCAGUAACACAAGUUAGAUAAAAAAGAGCUAGGAAGAAAAACCACAACAGGAUUCAAGGCAGUACAUCCAUGGGAAGACCCAACACAGAUAUUCAGUUGGAUGAAAGAUGCUCUUAAAAGCAAGCAGGUAAAACAAAGGCAAAAGAGGAAAGUGAACAGUAAAAUUAGAUAGUGGUUUGCCACAAGACAUAGUGGCAAAGGAAAAAAGCAGUGAUUAUAGGACAGUAUCUCAGGAGAGGUACUGCUGGCCUGCAUCUGUUACUGGGAAAUCUUCACAUUGAAGUGCAUGACGCAGAUUAAAGAACUAGAGAGACCCAACAGUAAUAUUUAGAAAUAAAAGUAUUCACAGAUAAGCCUAAAGGAGUGAAGAAUGAAAAAAAAUGCAAACAAUCUAAAAGGAAUAAUCUUUAGCAAACAGAAACGAAAAAAGAAUUGGAUUAAAACCAUAAAAGAAAAAAAAAGUUAAAUAAAAAGAAGUAUGUUCAGACUGUGGAACAGACAUCGAGAACAAACAGAUUUUAAAUGGGUCAAGCAACAGGACAGAACAUGCCACAAAAAAGCCUUGUACUAGGGACUGGGGGAGGGAGGAAAGGGGCAGUGAGGAACCAAAAAAAGAAGAAACAA